AUCUGCCACUGUCAAUUUACCUUGGACUUCAGAACCUGAACCCUAUUUCUUCAAUGAGGCAAAAGUGCAUGUCUAAAACGACGUAUACUCGUUCAACUUUCGGUUUUUGUAUCUUUUUCCAGAGUAGUAUAAAAGAACAGGGUUUCAAGUUUACAAUGGGGCAUUAGAAUCAAAGUUUGAUGAACCUUAAUUUGCUUAACCGCAAGAGCUGUCUGCCCAAAGUAGUUUUAGGAAGGCACCUGUGCGACCAGUUUCUAUCCGGUAGAUGGCAGUGUUCCUUUCUCUAUCGUGGCAAUCCUUUUAUGUUGAUUUCUUUCCUUGACAGGCAUGCUAAGGAAAGGAAGCCAGCAGCAGAACGUUCAAAGGACUUAGUGUGUUCAUACAUUCACAUACGUGUCAUUGUAUAAAAAUACAAUUAUGGCGAAUUGUGACUAUUUAACAACUCAGCUAACAUUUGUCUUGAACCCGCUUUUGAAAAUUGUGGUCCUGGAACGACUGGGAAUUGUAAGAGGAUGGCGCAUUUUCAACUUCGGCUGGAGGUGUCCAAGAUUAAACUUGAGAACGAACAGUGGGAUGAACUUGUCCACACAAAAGACGAUGGAAAGGGAGAGAAGACAGGUGCAGGGCUGCAAUCUCAGGAUCCGGCUGGCCAAUCCCAGUGGAAAUUGUUAAAAGUUGUUACCAUGGAGAAGGAUGGAAUGAAAGUACUUCGCAUCAAGAAGGAAAUAAAUGAUCACACAGAACGUGACACACCAUCUCCAGUGACAGAUGAGCAGCUGUGUCCCAAAGUGGACAUGGUGUUUGUUAAGGAGUGGAGCCAAAGCCUGUGGCGAGACGACAGAAUAGACAGUAAAGACAGAACAGAGGAAGAAACUCCAGGAUCAUCAAUGACCCAGCAUCAGAACGGAGGGCUACUUCAGUGCAGUAAGCUGAAUCCCUCCACUCCCAUCCUCAAAGUCUUCUGUGAUCCUGAACGAGACACGUAUCCCGACUACCGACUGAAGAGGGAAUCUCUGAAUUAUCUGUUCUCCUUGGCCCUGACUGGUCAAGACAGACAGACGGCAACAUUCAAGAUCCUCGUCUUUAUUUACUGGUUGGCCCACGGGACCUCCUAUAAAACUGUCUCGGAGACUUUCGGAAUCCCUCUGUCCAAUGCUACCAGCAUCGUCCGCGACGUUGCGGACAAACUGGUCAAGCUCUCUCUGAAGAUUGUGAACAAGCCCUCUUCAGGCGAGCUGGCUCUCACGAUGCAAGGGUUCGGCAGACUGGCCCGUCACCCGGUGUUUGAGAAGGCUGUGGGAGCCAUAGGUGGGUGCCACGUCAGGGUCAAGAUCCCCGGUGUACCGCAACCCCAACAGCGUCCAGGUGACCAGCCCCUCCCUGAGAAGGCGCUCCCCACCAUCAACUUCCAAGGGGUCUGCGACCACACGGGCAGCUUCAUCGACGUCUUUGCGGGGCUGCCUGGGUCUAUGACCGACGUGAGGAUCCUGAGGCACAGUCCCCUUUACAAAUGUGCCCUCUACCCUCCACCCGGAUGCUUCCUCCUAGGCGACGGCAGGUACCCUUGCCUACAGACGCCUGUGUGCAUCAUCACACCCUAUUCAAAGUCUGACCAGAACCCGGUGCACGUCCAGUUCAACCAGCACCACGCCAUGGCUCUCUCCUCCAUCGAGAGGACCUUCGGCAUCAUGAAGAAGCGCUGGCACAUGAUCUUCCUGCAGCCUCUUGAGCUCCACCCAAGCUUCAUCCCCAAAGUGCUAGCGGUGUGCACUGUGCUGCAUAACAUCUGCCUCAGGUCAGGAGACUUGCUGGAGCCAGUGAAGAUUGAGGAUAGAAGCAAGGUGACAGAGGCUCUGAAGGAGUGGCUAGCGUCCAAUGAGACCAGCGGAGAGGCGUUGAGGGACAGUUUGGCUCAACAGAUCUCUACAAUGAAAUGCAUGGCCACUGUGAAAGAUGAGAGAGGUACAUCUGCACCAGCAAACAUGAUGGCAGUGCAAAAAGAACACGCUUACAACAUAGUAGUGAUGGAACAUUGAUUUGGUGAUCACAAUUGAUGGGUCGAAUAAGUCACCAUCAGUCACCGAUUGCACCACUGGCUAGCUGUGAUACUUUAUCACCCCUUCAGUGGUGGUGGAACUGUUACUACUGACAUUUUUGACUAAAACAAUUAAGCAUAGUCGCCUCAUAUGCCAGUGUUUCUUUACCACGUCAAAAAUCAUCCAAUUUAUUUCAAAUAUUAUUUCCUUUAUACUGUACACAGUAUAGUGAAACACGAUUUGGAUUAUGUUUUUAUGAGUGGGGCAGGUAUUCGAACUUGUUGCUGUCUUUUUGAUCAAUUCAGUGAUUAUUACAAGUGUGUUCUACUCAAUGAGUUAUACUGUAUACUCUAGAUCACUGAUAGGGGGCGCUACCACCUUGCCCCCAUCUUGGCACUCUCCUAUUUAGCAUAAAAAUUAAAAGUACAUUUAUUUUUAGAUGACUAAUGUUACCGUCCCCUCUACAACAACAAAAAUACUUAAAUACAUGUCAUUUUGUCCUUGAAUCCAUUUAAUUAAACUACUGUAGAAUCCCUUUCAUUCCUAUGGAGGACUGCUCCUACUAAGGAGUGUCAUAUGGCUGACUGGUGGCUUCAAAGCCUCUCAAUGGCCAAUACAUGGCAUCAGUAGUCCAGGGUUUAUAUACAUCAUUUCUACUUGUUUCUUUUUCGGUUGAGUAAUAUAUCUACCUCCAAAUCCUGUGUAAUGCGAAUGGAUUAAUUGUUUUCUUGUGCCUUAGCCUUUCUGCCCUGUAAUACUAUGGUUUAUUCAAAUGUGUGUGUGCGUGUGAGAAGUUUUUCCUGAAUUUUCAAUGCAGUAGUUUCGGCUUAGAAAAACUGAAAGGUUAUGUUACUUCCCAAAGGUACCACCAGGAGCCACUGAAUUAAUUAGUGUUAUUACUGUAUGGAUACUCAAAGCAUCCCCUAUAAGCAGGCGGGUUUAAAUCUGUCUUCGGGGACCUGCAGCCGUUUCAUGUAUUUGAACUAUUCCAUAGCUAGCUCACCUGAUUCAUCUAGUCACCUAAGCAUCAAGCCCUUGAAUAGGUGAGUUGGGUCAAGGCUACAACAAAAUUGUGAAGCAUCUGGGUGGGGUCUCCAAGGAGAGGUUUGAAAACCACUACCCUAUAGUCUGCAGGCUGUGGUAUGCAAUCAAGUCUUUGAUAAAAGCAUUCUUCAUUGUGCCACCUAAAGGGACAUUUUUACCGUAGAGAAAAAUACGACAUGGUAGGUUCAUGGUGCCAGGCUAAUUUCAACCACCAAUGCACUCGGUGAUAAAACAGACCAAAGCACUCUUCCAUCCUCAAGGCAUAUAUUAUUUUGGCAACUGAUUUCAAUGUUUCAUUGAUUCUCAUUUAUUAUUUGGUCUUUUCACAGAGAAGGAAAAGGAGAGUUGUAAAUUAUGCAGAUGAUUGGAUUAAAGAGGAUGAGGACAUCCUAGAGCAAACCCAUGGAAGUGCAAGUGUUCAGCGAGUAACCAUAUGUAGUUUUGUGAAGUGGAUAUGUUCAGUGCUCACUUAAUAGCUCUCAAUGAAUAGUCAAAACCAAAUGAUUCAGUUAUUUUACAAUUGAAACAUUGUGUUUUAAAAUAAACAAAUCAUUCUUCUCCA